GGUUUUGUGUUCAUCUUGUUCGACACCGUGCAGCACACACAGGCGAUGGCUCGUCUGUGGCAGAAGAUUCUGGCUGUCUUCAGUCUGUUUAUCACUGGCUGGAUGUUUGGAGUUUUACGUCUGCACUUUGCUUCUGAUGAGGAGCGAAAGCAGCUGCCAGUGCAAUUUGUCAGUAGACAGCUUCAGAGCGAGUGGAGCGGCUCCCUCUAUAUGAACGUGUCCUACCAACUGCUCUCAGGAUCCCAGCCUACAACACAGAGGUUCCUGGCAGUUGGGAUUUCUUCCGUUCGUAGGCAGAAGGACCAGUACCUUGUGGCGACUCUGCAGUCUGUUUUCUCUCAGUCUUCGGAGGAGGAGCGGGAGCAGAUGGUGGUUGUGGUUCUCAUAGCAGAUUUUGACGAGCAAUGGAGACGAUUUAUAACAGAGGAAAUCCAAAAGAACUUCCCCUCGGAGCUGGAACGCAGACAACUUCUGCUCAUCCACGUCCCCAAGAAAUACUACCCUCCACUCACAGGUUUGAAAAGAAACUACAACGACCCUUCUGACCGUGUGACUUUCCGGUCCAAGCAGAAUGUGGAUUAUUCAUACCUGAUUCACUAUAGCGCCGCGCUCGGACAAUACUACCUCCAACUGGAAGACGACGUGCACUGCGCCAAAAACUUCCUCUCCAAAAUCCAGAAACACGUCAAAGACCAGAACUCCAAGAAAACUACCUGGGCCACUCUGGAAUUCUCCUCCCUCGGAUACAUCGGAAAACUCUACAAAUCUGCAGAUCUACCUGCCCUGGCGCGAUUUUUGUUUCUGUUCUAUAAAGAAAUGCCUUGUGAUUGGUUGCUGUCUCGAUUCCGUGACUUGCUAACCCAAACACAGCCGAUUAUUUUCCGACCCUCAUUGUUCCAACACAUGGGAACUCUCUCGUCAUUCCGAGGAACAUACAAUCAUCUAAAAGAUAAAGAUUUCGAAGAAACAUAUUCAAAUCCAGAGGCGAGUGUUUUUACAAAUAUGACGGUUUAUCAAAAACACUUUGCACAUUUGUCGUGGACAGCCGGAGAUGACUUUUUCUGGGCGCUACCUCCAGCCAAUGGCGAUCAUUUAACGAUUGUGCUAAAAAAUCCAGCUUUGUUCACAGAAAUUUUAGUAGAAACUGGGAAUGGAGGUAAAGAUAUUCUGAAAUCUGCUGAAGUUGAGAUUGGGAAAGAUGCUAUAAACACAAGUAAAGAGGAGAAGAGCUGUAAAGUCUUUGUGUCGGUGGGAAAAAUGGAAAAAGGGAAGUUUGAGAUGCAAGGUUUGGACAAAGUGCACAGCUUUAACGCCUCCUGUUUGCGAAUCCGAGUUACUGCGGGACAAUUGGACUGGAUCAUAGUGAAGAAGAUCAGGGUCUCAACAAAACCAGAAUCCUCCACAUUAUAACAGCCUUUGAUUUUGUGUAAUGUUUUAUAUUUACCAACACUGAGUGUGUUUACAUGUGCUCGGGUUGCCUGAUUAUAACAGUGUUCUGGAUAUGACGUUAACAUGUGCUCAGAGAAACCAGGAUACUCAUGUUCCUGUACACAUGUGCAAUCAGAGAAUCUUGCAUAUUUAGCAUAGACUAUAUAUAUGAACGGACAGAGCUAACCUGCUAGCCGCUGCAUUCCAAAUAGGAAGUGAGCAUGGCUUCCGGCUCCAUCGACUCUGGCUCCAAUUUUCUUUACAUUAGAAAACUGUGGCCUCUCUCUCUGUAACUGCUACUGUCAGACUUGUAAUUUUGUUCUUAAAAUGUUUGUAUUAACUCGCUAUACAUGGUCCUGGUGUUUUUAUUUAGCUGUUGUGGCCGUAACUCAAGAUAUGAACAUUAAUAAUAGACAAAUCAGGCACCUUCUUUUCUCAAGGUCACUCUGGCUACGGUUAGCAACAGGAUUGAUUGACAGCAUUGCUAAGAGGUUCGGGCGGGAAGGAGCAUUACCUUCAACAGCCUCGCUCUGGAUUGGCUUUUUGGUUGUUAUUAUACUUGAAAUCAGAAUUCUUAAUAUGCAACUUGGCUCCAA